AUGGUAGCCGCGCUCGUCGUCUUCUACCUCCUGGUUCUCUCCCCAGUCAACGCAUGGUGGCUAUCUAAAAACCACCAGGGCAACUCUUUCUACAACGACUGGUGGUGGUGGACCGACAAUGACCCCACCAGCGGCACUGUCAACUACGUGCCCCUGUGGCAAGGCCAACAGCAGGGUCUUACAUGGGUCACCAACAGCAAUCAGUUCGGCAUGAGGGUUGAAUCGUCGUACAUGGUCGGCGAGCAGGAGAGGGGCCGCAAGUCUAUUCGCAUCCAAAGCAACGACCAGUAUGGCAAGGGAUCCAUGUUCGUCCUCGACCUCGCGCACAUGCCUCAAGGCUGCGGUACCUGGCCCGCGUACUGGAGCAAUGGUCAAGGCACCUGGCCCGAUGGCGGCGAGAUUGAUUUCAUUGAAGGCACAAACUCGAUCAGCAACGACCGCAACCGCUACACGAUUCACACUGGCUUCACUUCUAGUUGCACAAUGACGUGGGCAAACAAGGAUCAGUUCACCGGAUCGGCUUAUCUCACCGACUGCAGGGGGUAUGCCGGGUGUAACGUAAUCGCCAAGGACGACACUAGCUUUGGCGCCGGCCUCAACCGCGUUGGAGGCGGCUGGCACGUCUUCCGCUGGGAUGACAGUGGCAUGGCCUUCUGGUGGUUCCCUCGUAACGCCGGCAACAUUCCGUCGGUCCUGACUGGCGGCAGCAACACUAUCAACGACUCUGAUCUCGGCAUGCCCGAUGCAAUCUUCCCCAAUGACCAAAACUGCGACAUGUCAACGAGGUUCACACCUCAGAACAUCAUCUUCGACACCACAAUGUGCGGCUCGUGGCCAAAUAACUGGGACGGCAACUGCAGUGGCGACUGGGGUAACUCGACUUGGGGAUGCCCCAACUUGGUUCGAAACUAUCCUUCUCAGUUCAAGGAGGCGUACUGGCUCAUCAACAGCCUCAAGAUUUACUCUCAAUAA